AUGAACAUAAAAGUUCUGUAUUCCUUGGCAGUGUAUUUCUUCAUACGAGCAAAGACAGUCAAAGCACAGUCUGAAUAUACGAAUCGCAUUGUCGGAGGUUCUAAUGCACGAAGAGGAUCCGCACCUUAUAUGGCAUCAUUGAGAGAUAUCAACCGAAACCACUUUUGUGGGGGAUCUAUUUUGAAUGAAUACUGGGUACUGACGGCUGCCCAUUGUGUCCACAACAGCGAUCGCCUGGACACAAUUCACGUUGGCUCUAAACAUCUUUCGAUAGGAGGAUUAUUCUUUCCGAUUAAUAAAAUAAUUUCUCAUGAAAAUUACAUUGGUCAAACCGAUGGCUUCAGUAACGACAUAGCUUUGAUCAAAAUCAGGGGCACCAUUGUGUUCUCCAGAAAUGUGCAACCAAUACAUUUAAAAGAAGAUCGAACACCAGGCGGUGAAAACCUUAAAAUAACAGGAUGGGGAUUUACCAAAGCUAAUGUAUUUACAGUUUCUGAAAAAUUAAAAGAACUCAAAUUAAAAUCAUUAUCAGAUGAGCAAUGUGAGCAAAAAAUUGGUUUCAAAACACCUACUCAUAUCUGUACUUUUAGGGCUAAAGAUCGAGGAGUGUGCAUGGGAGACUCAGGUGGUCCUUUAGUGCAGAAUGGGCAACAAAUAGGUAUAGCAUCUUUUGUAUGGAGCGGCUGCGCCAAAGGCUUUCCAGAUUUUUUCACGAGGACAUCAUUAUAUAUUAAUUGGAUAUAUGAUCGUUUCAGAAAUGAUCACUUAACUUAA